AAAAACAACGUUUAUCACUUUGUGUGGGCUGUGGCGGUCAAAUUCACGAUCAGUACAUCCUGCGCGUCGCCCCCGAUCUGGAAUGGCAUGCGGCAUGCCUCAAAUGUCAGGAAUGUCGACAAUUUCUGGACGAGAGCUGUACGUGUUUUGUGCGUGACGGCAAAACGUAUUGUAAGCGUGAUUACGUUAGGUUAUUUGGUACAAAAUGUGAUAAAUGCGGUAGCUCAUUUAGUAAAAAUGACUUUGUGAUGCGGGCAAAAACGAAAAUCUUUCAUAUUGAAUGCUUUCGUUGUUCGGCGUGUGCGAAGCAACUGCUGCCAGGUGAUGAAUUUGCGCUACGAGAUGGCGGCAUUUUAUAUUGUAAAGAGGACCAUGAUGUUCUGGAGAAAUCUUCACAAAGUAGUCUAACGUCAUCUUCGAUAGAGAGCAACAACAAUAAUAGUAGUAGUAAUAAUAAUAAUACAAGUCUUAGUAAUAAUAAUCAUUCCAGCGAGUUGGGUUCAAUGUCAG